AUGUCUAUCUCGCGAAACUGUUUGCGUUUUUAUGUGGUUCUGUACGCACGACAGUCUUCAUAUGGCCAGCAUAAAAGAGGUUAAGCACAUAAAGAUAGAAAUCCCCAUUUUGAAAUUCUAAGGCGUUAAAGUAGGUACUUAACGAGGUAGUUUGAAUAGAUAGGUUGGUUGUGGCAGUCUAGUAGGCUGCUGUGUGGGCGGACGCUGCCAACAGGGUCACGAGUGCAGCAUGAGGAGGCCCGCCGUCACCCCUUCUGGAGCUCUGAGCGCAAAGGCCUCAAGCUGAGGGGACAAACCUUGGGCCUCGGCUUCUUCAAAGCUUCGGAAGCUUCUCCAAUGUUUCGCAAAAAAAGCAGCAUUGUGGUGGAGCAAAAAAGUGGCACUUUUUUCGGGAGGCAGUUUUUCGGAUCUUUAUGGUGUUUCAAGGUUAAAACUAUAAAAAGACACAAAUUUUCUGAACCAAAAAAGAGGCGCCUCUUUUUGCAAAAAGUUCCGGAAGGUUCCGGAGCUUGAAGAGAGCAAAGAUCAAGGGCUGCUCCAUGAGCUUGAGGCCUCUGCGGACAGCUGCUCAAGCAUGAGACAGCCGUGGGCCUUCCCACACUCCACCCCUGACCCUCUUGCCCCAGCAGCCUAUUACACUAGACUGCCACAGCCAACCUAUCUACUUAAGCCACCUAGUGAAGUAGCUACUUUAACGCCUUAGAAAAUCAAAAAUGUGGAUUUAUAUCUUUUGGUGCAUAACCUCUUUGAUGCUGGCCAUACUUCAGAAUUGUCGUGGAGGGAAACUUCUGCGUUUAACAUGUAGGUUGAAUAAAAGUAGUCCUGCGGCAGCAAAAUCAAGAUAUUGCAAAUCGAAAUGUAGUCACAAGAUCCUUGGACAAUGUUGACAAAGAACUUUGAUCAUUGAAAGUGGAGGAUUUUGAUAUUUGUAUCUGAGUGGAUUUUGAUCUCUGUUGAACUUGAAGGAGGUAGAUAUAUAAGUAGACAUGCACGCC